AUGUGUAAGAAAGGCUCGGCAAAAGCGGUACUAAAGCUGGCUCUGUCGUCCUAUGCAGCAGCGAGUCUCGAAUGGGAAAGUCUAGUGAUGGACCGGAUUACCAUGGAACUUGCGUACGUGAUCAUGGAGUGUUUACCCGGGAAUCCUGUUCCAAUCAUUGGAAACCUUCAGGGAGAAGAGCAGACACUGAAGAUCAUCGAGUAUGGCUUGCAACUGCUGAAGGCGAUAUACGAUAUGCAUCAAUGUGGCUUCAUUCAUCGUGAUAUCAAACCCGAGAACAUUGGAAUGUACGACAAUAACAUUGUGGUGAUGUACGAUAUGGGAAUGGCACGAGCGUAUCUGGAUGAGGAAGGCAACCACCGACCACCUCGAUCUCACGCAGGAAUGAGAGGCACGGAAGAGUGGAGCAGUCUUAAUGCUGAGAUAGGGCGAGAUCAGGGCCGAGUUGAUGAUCUAUGGGGAUGGUUGUAUUGCCUCAACGAAUGGGUAAACUGCCGAAGCCAAAAACCACAAGUAUGGUCCGCCUACGAUAAGGAGCCCAAUAUCCGGUAA